AUGGGGUUUAGUGUUCGCAAGGAAGAUGCUCAACGUGACCAUGAAAACAACCCAUGGCAACGUAAUUGGGUUUUCUCAAACCAAGGUUUUCGACGCGACAAGUGGACAAACCUUCUAAACCGUAAGAAAAAACCAAGACCUAUCACAAGAAUGGGGUGUCUCGCACUUCUACGCGUGAACUUGGACAGGACAAAAAACACUUGGGUGGCGAAAGACUUCAAUCCGAAACAUAAUCAUGAAUUAGCUUCAAAAAGGGAAUUGCACUUCUUGCGAUCUAAUCGAGCCAUACCAGAGUCAAUCGGAGCCCAGGUAAUGUCGAUGCGACGAUCAGGUAUACACACUUGCCACAUAUUCAACCACCUAGCACAAGAAAGAGGAGGACGUGAGUAUGUACCCUUCUUGAAAAAGGAUCUUUACAAUUGGAUUGGUCGGCAAAGACUAGUUCAACACGAAGAAGAAACUGACGCUGAAGGAGCAUUGGGGUACUUGGCAUGUAUGGGCCGCUCUGAUGCUGACUUUUUUGAGACACACAUAAUUGAUGUAGAAAAUAGGUUGGCAGACCUAUUUUGGGCUGAUGGAAUUUCCCGUCGUGAUUAUGCUUGUUUUGGGGACAUUAUGGCUUUUGACUCCACCUACAAGAAGAACUCAUACAAUAAGCCCCUGCUUAUCUUUGUCGGGUUGAAUCACCAUUACAGGACAAUAGUCUUUGCAGUUGCUUUGCUAUAUGACGAGACCGAGGAGACAUAUACUUGGGUUUUAGAGGAAUUUCUAGAGUGCAUGAAAAACAAACCACCUCCUGUGGUGGUCACCGACGGUGAUCAUGCUAUGGCGAAAGCAAUACAAAAGUUUUCCCAACUUCUGUUCACCGGUUGUGUGCUUGGCAUCUUCAGAAUAAUGUAA